UUUUUAUUUUAAUGAGCACAUAUACAUGGUAAUAAGUUGCUGAAAAUUAAAGAAAUGGAUGGCUUGUUAUAGAUGGUAUUGUUUAUAAUCCAACUCCAUAUCUUAAUGAACAUCCAGGUGGUCCUGCAGUUUUGUAAAAUCGUUUUGGUAAAGAUGCUACAAGAGAUUUCAACGAAACAGGUUAGGAAUUUGAUGCAAAUAUAGGUCAUACAUCAGGAGCACGCGAAAUAUUAAAAAAAUACAAAGUUGGGACAAUAGAUAAAACCUCACCUUAAGAGCCUUGGCAAGCUGGAGGUGGUACACCUGCAAGUGCUUAGCUCUUCGCAUUUUUAAUUGUUGCUCUUGUUGUUGUGUUUAUGUUAUGGAAUUUUUUUGCAAAAUGA